CUAUAUAACCAGAUCCGGAGACUUUGACUGAAACACACUGGGAAGUCUCAAAGUCCCAAUCAACCUUCAAUAUAAGCAAGCAAGCAAAGCAAUAACAUAAACAUUGACUCUCAGACUCUCACUCCUAAAACUAAACCAUGUCAUCAAUCACUACUCAAAACAAUGACCCUCCUCCUCCCAACACCCAUUUCUUCACAACAAAACCCAAACAUAACAAAACCGUUAUCCUUUCAACCAUAACUCAACCAUUUCAAUGGCUCCAAAACCUCUCAACCCAGCUAAACCCAACCUUCAUCCUCGGAAUCUUCCUCAUCCACGGCCUCCAACAAGGCUUCACCGGCUCCUUCUUCCGCGUCGCCGCCGACUACUACUGGAAAGACAUCCAGAAGCUCCAACCCUCACUCGUCCAAAUCUUCGCCGGAAUCUACUUCAUCCCAUGGGUAUUCAAACCCCUAUGGGGAAUCCUCACCGAUGCUUUUCCGAUCAGAGGAUACCGGCGGCGACCAUACUUCAUCGGCGCCGGAGUGAUCGGUACGGUUUCGGGGACGGUGCUGGCGGCGAAAGGGGAGAUGGCGGCGGGAGUGGCGCUGGCUUGCUUCGUAGGGGUUUCAGCGUCAAUGGCGAUUGCUGAGGUCACGAUUGACGCAUGUAUCGCGAGGAAUAGCAUUGAAGUGAGAUCUCUGGCGCCUGAUUUGCAGAGUUUGUGUUCGUUUUGUUCUUCUUUUGGUGCUCUCGUUGGCUUCGUUUCUAGUGGUUUUUUUGUUCAUCGUCUUGGACCUCAGGGAUCACUGGGUGUUGUGGCGGUUCCUCCAGCUUUAACAAUUUUGCUGGGAUUCGUGAUUUAUGAACGCAGAACAGAUGCCUUGCAUAAUGAAAAGAAGCAGACAUUUUUGCAGGCAGUGGAGGGAGUAGGAACAAAAGUUAGAAUUAUGUACAAAACAAUGAGACACCCUCAAGUAUGGAAGCCUUCUCUCUACAUUUUUCUCUCCUUGGCUCUUAGUGUAACCACUCACGAGGGACAUUUUUACUGGUAUACUGAUCCAAAAGCCGGCCCUGCAUUCUCUAAGGAGUUUGUUGGAGUGAUAUAUGCAGUAGGUGCAUUUGCUUCAAUACUUGGUGUCAUGAUCUACCACAAGUCUCUAAAAGACUACCCAUUUAGAACCUUAAUAUUCUAUGCACAACUUCUAUAUGCGAUGUCUGGGGUAAUAGACCUAUUCUUCAUCCUCCGUUGGAACCUAAAAGUUGGAAUCCCUGAUUACAUCUUUGUGAUCAUAGAAGAAUCAUGCACAAGAAUCACAGGAAAAAUUAAGUGGAUGCCCAUGUUGGUUCUAAGCACACAAUUGUGCCCUUUGGGAAUUGAAGGCACAUUUUUUGCAUUGUUAAUGUGCAUUGAUAGCAUUGGUGGGUUAAUUUCCAAAUGGGGUGGAGGGUUGCUUCUUCAUGCGGUUAAUGUCUCUAGGACUGAUUUCACUAACCUAUGGGUCGCUGUGUUUGUAAGAGACUUGCUUAGAUUUGGGACACUGGCUUUUGUUUUCCUUGUACCUAAGAAAGGUCAAUCUGAGGGGUUGCUCCCUUCUGAACUUUCCGGAGAGAAUGUGAGUAGUGAUGGCAAUGUGGAUGAAGAAACCUUAGAACUUGUCCCCCCCAAUGUAAAAAAUGAAGUAUAGAUAGAUAGUGACAUUUUUAUAUUUGUUACAAUGAUUAUGCAAAUAUAUAUUUUUUUCACCCACUUUAUAAGAGGAGACAAUAUCAAUUUAAUUA